CGUUAUAGCAGAAGGUUGACAUCGGUGUAGGAUGUGAUUCACCUACUUAUUUUCCGGUACUGUUUGUUAUUUAUUCGAUUAUCGCGUAUAUGUAAAGAUGUUUCGAGUUUCUCCCUCUUGUGGUUUGUAGGACUGAAUCGUGGUCAUGAAGUUAGAGGUGCCAGUAUCCUUUAAAGACGUUGCAGUUGAGUUUUCAAGGGAAGAGUGGAAGAUGCUGAGUAAACAGGAAAGAGAGUUGCACAGAGAUGUGAUGCUGCAAAAUUAUGAGAACAUGGUUUCAGUAGGUUAUAUCAUACCAUUCGAGCAUCUUAGGCUGCUGAUUGGUAGAAAUGAUGGUGAUCCAUGUGCUAAUUCAGAAGGAGGAAGGAUGCUGAGUACUGAUUUUAAUACUGACAUCAGCAGGAAUAUUGACUGCAAUGAGAUUCAGAAUCAUCAGUCAUCACAUCGGAAGUGCCUUCAGUCUGAAUGUGACACAGCUUUGCCAAAUAAGAUGCCCAUCUCAAGACCUGACCUAGUACAAAAUGAAUGGACAUACCUUACCUCUGUGGAAUAUAAUGAUAGGUUUAUCAAGAAAACUGAUUUAGGAGUGCAUCAGGAAAGUUAUGAAGUGGAACAGAAUUGCAUAUCGUUUGAUAACAAUAGUGGUGCCACAUUUAGUAGUGUAGUCUUAAAUGAUAAAUUAAUUCCUGUUGGCAAAAGGCAGGAUGAUACCAUUGCAUCAUAUGACCAGAUUUGCAGUAGAGAUAAGCUGUAUAAAUGUACCAUAUGUAGCAAAGUAUUUCGAGGUAAAGGAAAUUUAGCUGUGCAUCAGGUUAACCACUCAGGACAGAAACCCUAUAAAUGUGCCACGUGUGAUAAGGAUUUUAUAAAGAAGAGUAGCUUGUUAAAACAUCAGUAUGUUCACACUGACCUGAAGCCUUACAGAUGUGCCAUGUGUGAUAAGGGUUUUACAGAGAAGAGGCAUUUGACACUACAUCAGCUUAACCACAGUGCACAGAAACCAUAUAAAUGUGACAUUUGUGACAAGGGUUUUAUAGUUAAAAGUAGACUAGAAUUGCAUCAGACUGUCCAUUCUGGUCAGAAACCCUAUAAAUGUGUAGACUGUGACAAGAGUUUUGCAGUUAAGACUAGGUUGCUAGUACAUCAGGUUAGCCACAUUAGGUACAAACCCUAUAAAUGUGCUACAUGUGACAAGAGUUUUUCACAGAAAGGUAAUAUGAUAAUACAUCAACUUGUCCACUCGGGUCAGAAGCCAUAUAAAUGUGAUAUAUGUGACAGAAGGUUUAAACAGAAAAAGCAUCUGUUAACACACAGAUAUAUCCACACAGGAAAGAAACCAUAUAAAUGUACUAUUUGUGACAAAAGUUUUACAGAGAAGUGUAGUAUGGUAAAACAUCAAUUUGUCCACAUUGGCCAGAAGCCCUAUAAAUGUGCCACAUGUGAUAAAGGUUUUGCAAGUAAGGAAAGUGUGGCUAUGCAUCAGUUUAUCCACACUGAACAAAAACCCUAUAAAUGUGGUAUAUGUGAGAAGACUUUCAUAGGUAGGAGAAAUCUGACAGUGCAUCAGGUUAUUCACUCCAGACAAAAACCCUAUAAAUGCCCUGCAUGUGGCAAAGAUUUUGCAGAUAAUAGAAGUAUGGCAAUGCAUCAGAUUACCCACACUGGUCUAAAACCGUAUGCAUGUCCUACAUGUAAUAAGGGUUUUUUUCGUAAAAAAAGCGUGGCAGCUCAUCAGCUUCUUCACAGUGGGCAGAAGCCCUACAAAUGUGUUGUGUGUGAUAAAGGUUUUGCAGAUAAGAGAAGUAUGGUAAUGCAUGAAAUUACCCACAGUGGAAUAAAACCAUAUACAUGUCCAAUAUGCAGUAAGGGUUUUGUUCAUAAGAAAAGCGUGGCAGUGCAUCAGAUUGUUCACACUGGGCAAAAACCAUACAAAUGUGAUUCGUGUGGUAAAGGAUUUACCCAGAAGUGUAGCCUGGUAAAACACCAAUAUGUACAUACUGGACAGAAACCCUAUAAAUGUGGCACAUGUGGAAAAAGUUUUUCACAAAAAGGUAGCAUGGUACAGCAUCAGUUUGUUCAUAGCGGCCAGAAGCCUUUUAAGUGUGCCAUAUGUGGCAAAGCUUUUGCACAAAAGGGUAACAUGCUAAGUCAUCAGUAUGUCCAUACUGUGAGUAAAUCUUAUAAAUGUGAAUUGUGUGGCAAGAGUUUUAAACACAAAAGUUCUAUGAUAAAACAUCAGUGUGUCCACACUUUAAAUACAGAAUUACUGACCGUGAAAAAGUAGCACUCAGGAUUGUUCAGUACCAGUGGGUAAGAAAGAUGAUGUCAGAAAACCUGUCAUGGUAGUUAAGAAAAAAAAGCUAAAACAAAAAUAAAUUAAAUUAUCUUGUAGUAUUGUAUUACAGUUUUCUCCCAGUCUUUUAUUUAACAGCCCAUUUGAAGUAUAAUUCAUGUUGUCCCUUGAAUAGGUGCAGUACCCACAGUAUGAUGACCUCUCAUCAUUAUGGCAACAUAAAAUUUCCAUAAUUUAAAGUCACAAAAUAAUACAGUGUAAAACAUGAAAGAAACAUUCACUGUAGUCAUUAUAAUUCUUGAUAUCUGCCCAAAUUAAAUGAGGCAUAAUUCUGUCAUGUAAUGGAAAAUAAUUGUAAUUCUUCUUCUAUUGUAUAUCAUUGUAUUCUUGAACAUAAUAUUUUACUUAGAAAUCCAUUUUUACAACUUUUGUCCUUCACAUUUUGUAGAAUUGUGAUCUGGAACUUUCCUGUUAAACCAAAAGUCAAGCUUAAAGGAUAUUACUCCAUUCACACCCUAGGCCCAUACUCAAAUACUAGUCUAGCUGCCCUUGUAGGCCAUUUUAAGCCUAAUCAGUUUCCCUUUUUGUGCUCAAAUUAACCUAUCCAAUUUAGUUAGAGAUUGGCCUUACCCAUCUCAUAGUU